GUCGAUACUUAAUUAGGAAAACAAAACACAAAUGGUUUACCUACAAACUGUGGAAGUCGCAACAAAACUAUUGCUGCAAGCCACAUAAAACACGACGCUCCUGGAAGAAUCACAGAUGUGACCGAGCUGAGUGGAACAGGAUGCAGAAUGAGAACAAAGAAGAGGCAAAGCGGCAGCACAGGGAAGCCGGGGGUGACUGGAUGAGGUAAUCCGAACCUUAGGACAAGGAGUCUUUGGGACAGUGUUGGAAUGCACCGAUCACGAAAGGGGAGAUAUUCAGGUGGCCCUGAAGAUAGCCAAAGGCAUGGAUUCCUACCGCAAAGCUGCGAGAUCGGAGGCCAGGAUCCUAGCACACAUUAAUUUGUGCGACCCAGAAGACCAACACUCUUGCGUGCAAAUGCUAAACUGGUUUCAUUUCCAUGGCCACGUCUGCAUUGUGUUUGAACUGCUGGGUCUUAGCACAUAUGACUUUCUUCAGGAGAACAACUUCUACCCCUAUCCCCUGGAGCAGAUCCGACACAUGGGCUGGCAGAUCUUCAGGGCUGUCGACUUUCUACAUCAGAGUAAACUGAUACACACGGACCUCAAGCCUGAAAAUAUCCUGUUCAUUAAUUCGGAGCAUUCUGUGGAAUACAAUGACAAAAUGAAGAGGUACGAGAAAAAAAUUAAGAACCCUGAUGUAAAGAUAGCAGAUUUUGGCAAUUCCGUAUAUCACAAUGAAGACCACAGCUCAGAAAUUCAGACACGGCACUACAGAGCACCGGAGGUCGUCCUGGGCUUGAAAUGGGAUCAGUCAUGUGACGUGUGGAGUCUAGGGUGCAUCCUAUUGGAAUACUACCUUGGAUAUGUGGUGUUCAUGACUCAUGACAGCAAAGAGCAUCUUGCAAUGAUGGAAAGGAUCCUUGGGCCGAUACCACUCAGCAUAUUCCUUCAAACAAAGAGGCAAAGAUAUGUUACUGGGGAUCACCUUGACAGCUGUGAAUACACUGCAACAAGGGCACAAAUCAGGAAACGCUGCAGACCACUGAAGAACUAUCGGACUAGUGAAGAUUCUGAUCACAUUGCAUUUUUUGACUUAAUUCAAAAGACACUGGAAUAUGACUCUGAAAAAAGAAUUUCUCCAUCAGAAGUUCUAAAGCAUUUAUUUUUCCAUCCUCUGCAGCAGACUUCACCAUAAUGGCUGUCAGCUUCGCUGGUUUCUGUAUUUAUGUUAGUAUGUUUCUAUUACAAUGGAUGAGAGGCUAGCUGCUGGUCACAUUUCUCAUGAUUCUCUGAGCAUAAAUGCUAUAAUACGGUUAACACCUCAUAGUUCACCUGCACAUGGUCUCAAACUCUAGCUUCUGCUUUUUUUUUGUUUGGUUUUACUUGGCACAGGCUAUUAGGGAUAUUUAUGAAGUAUGCAAACAUCUAAAC